CAAACUAAACCUCAGUGCAUCUAAAUUAGCUCCCUAGUUUAUUAUUUAGCGCACUGGCAAGAGUGAUAGUGUUCUUAAAUUGUCCUGGGUCAGCUGCAUAAACAGUCAACUAUGCUAAGAACAAGUUUGACCAACAAGCAGUUAGCCAAGAGGUAAUCAGUUUUACUUUUCAGAUUCAAGUUACACCAAUCUAGCCUUUAAUUUAUGAACGGUCUUGGGAAAAAAAAAAAAAAAAAAAACUUUUUAAAACUAUAAGUAGUUCAUGCAAUUGGUCCAAAAAAAAUUAAAUAAAUACAUUUUUUUUAAAAAGAGAGAAAAGAAACAAAAAGCCAUCAUCAUCAUAUAAAUAAAUAAAUAAAUACAACAAAUCGCACUUUUAACGUACAAAUGGUUUGUAAAAUGUGUCAUUGCACAUUGUGUUCUCGUUGCAUUGUGACCAGCAGGUGGUCCGAGCGCUUCAAUCCAAACAGAAAAAACUCUUGGUGAAGCAACUGAUAUCCACAUGACAUAUUAUAAAGAUGGCGUUUAUUAAAGAGGAGAGUGAAGACAUGAGGAUUGAAGAAACAUUCAGAGUCAAACAAGAAGAUACUGAGGAACAAACAGCCGUGAUGCUGCUUAAAGAGGAAAAUAAAAUGGAAGAAGAUCAGUAUGAAAAACAUGAUUUUAUUACUGGAGAAAAAUCUUUUAGUUGCUCACUGACUGAAAAGACCUUACUUAAAAUAAAUCAGAGAAGUUCUUUCAUUUGCCAACAGUGUGGAAAAAGUUUCAGUCGAAAAGGAAGCCUUAAAAUCCACCAGCGAAUUCACACUGGAGAGAGUCCUUUCACCUGCCCACAGUGUGGAAAAAGUUUCACUCAAAAAGGAAGCCUUAAAAUCCACCAGCGAAUUCACACUGGAGAGAGUCCUUUCACCUGCCAACAAUGUGGAAAAAGUUUCACUCAAAAAGGAAGCCUUAAAAUCCACCAGCGAAUUCACACUGGAGAGAGCCCUUAUGCUUGCAUAGAGUGUGGAAAAAGUUUCAUUAGAAGAGGAAGCCUUAAAAGCCACAUGACGGUUCACACUGGAGAGAAGCCUUACACAUGCCCUCAAUGUGGAAAGUGUUUUACACGUAAAGCAACCCUAAACGCCCACAUGAAAAUUCACACUGGAGAGAGUCCUUACACCUGCAAACUGUGUGGGAACACCUUCUCACAAAAAGGAAAUCUAAAGACUCACAUGAGAAUUCACACUGGAGAGAGGCCGUUCAUUUGUGGCCAGUGUGGAAAAAGAUUCAGAGAGCUGCUGAGCUUUCUUAAAGACCCAUGGUGAUCGCCGCAGAGUGUUGGAAGUCCAAAGAUCUGCGCCUUCUACGUCUAUAUCCAACCUCACAUGACUGAAGAUGAC